CUAUCAACAGAAGCAGAUAUCCAGCAGCUUGCCAAUGUACAAAUUCUGAAAUGCCUCCUUUACAAGGAGGACCAGGGUGGACGUAAAGCAUUAGAAUACGGUCUGCUUGACCCCAGACUUGGCGCUUGUAAACGAAACGAAUUAUGUGAAACAUGCGGUCUUGACUACCAGGCUUGUAUCGGUCAUUGGGGUUACUUUGAUCUCCCCGCGCCAGUUUACCAUACUUGCUCCCGCGUUCUUAUCCCCGAUUCUGUUCGAUCGAAGUACCUCCAGAACUGCUCCAAUACUUCUCUGGAAUAUAUUCAAAAGAAGGUCUUGCGCAAAGCCGUUCAUAAACUCGCCAACAAACCUUCCGUUUGCAGAUAUUGUGGAGCUUUAAACGGCACUGUCAAAAAGGGAACUGGACUGUCCUAUAUAAUUCAUGAUGUGUCUAAGUUGGUUGGGAAAAAUGUCGAUGAGUAUGUUGACAAGUUAUCCGCUGCUAUCGAUACAAAUCCUGAGCUUCCUGCACUAGCUAGAAAAUGCGUGGAAACUAUUCGUCCAGCUCGCGCCCUCCAGCUAUUUUCUAAAAUACCGACUGAGGACCUUCCUUUGUUACUGAUGCCGUUUGGGUGCGAGUGGGCGACCCACCCUCGAAAUUUGAUUUUGCAGCGGAUCCCGGUUCCUCCUAACGCUAUCCGGCCAUCCGUUGUUUCAGAGGUUAAAAGUGGAACUAAUGAGGAUGACCUUACGCAGAUGUAUCAGUGGAUUUUGGCCCAGGCAGCAACUCUGGAAGAGGACAUACCUGAGGCAGACCAGAUCGCUUGUUUGGAUAAUUUGCACGCAGAGGUCGCAAGAAUAAUAAAUUCCCAGUACACUGGCCUACCCCCUGUGCAAGAUCAUAAAUUUAUGCGUGGCCUUUUGCAACGCCUCUCCGGAAAACAUGGCCGUUUCCGUGGAAAUUUACUGGGAAAGCGUACCAAUUACACUGCUCGCACCGUUAUCUCACCUGACCCCAAUUUACGUAUUGAUCAGGUCUGUGUCCCCGUACACUGUGCCAAACUACUCACCUAUCCAGAGCGUGUGACUCAGUUCAAUAUUGACUUCCUUCGGAAGCUUGUCCUCAAUGGACCCAACACGCACCCGGGCGCACUCUUUGUCAGUUACCGUGCAACGGCUCGAGAUGUCCAAAAUGCCGAACCCGGUAAAGGACUGCAGGCGGGAGGCAUCCUUAAAAAGUACCUGGCUAAUAAACGGAUCCAGGAAAAUGUCGCAAAGACCUUGCGCGUUGGUGACCUGGUAGAAAGGCACCUAAUCGAUGGCGAUAUUGUGCUUUUCAAUAGACAGCCUUCUCUUCACCGUGUCUCCAUUCAAGCCAUGAAGGCAACCGUUAAACCCAAUCGAACUUUUCGGUUUAACCCGUGCUGUUGCACUCCUUUCAAUGCCGACUUUGAUGGCGACGAAAUGAAUAUCCAUCUGCCACAGACAGAGGAGGCCAGAGCUGAGGCAAAACACUUGAUGCUUACCCUGAAGAAUAUUUCUAGCCCAAAAAAUGGUGAGCCCUUGAUUUCUCCCAUCCAAGAUCUGAUCACCGCGACUCAUUUGCUCACUCUCAAGGACGUUUUCUUCACACGAGAUCAGGCCUGCCAACUGGCCUGUCAAAUUGUAUCAGGAAAUCAUAUCGGCCGGCCUCUUGAGCUGCCUCCUCCGGCCAUUAUGUGGCCGACCCGUCUCUGGACUGGAAAACAAAUAUUCAGCCUUAUCCUAGCUCCGCAUCCUUCGAGCGAGGUGAAGAUUAGCUUGCGCGUACCAACUAAGUCCAUCUACUCGGGUCGGGGUGAGGAGCUCUGCCCCAAUGACGGAUUCGUGGUAAUCUACAAUAGCGAACUCCUGGCAGGCUGUAUGGACAAGAAACUUUUGGGCGGUGGCAGCAAGGCGAGCAUAUUCUACAGCAUCUUACGAGACUACGGUGGCGAGGCCUGUGCAGAUGCAAUGUGGCGCCUCGGCCGUAUAUCGCUUUUCUACCUUGCCCACCGCGGCUUCUCAAUCGGAAUCGGUGAAGUAACGCCCUGUCCCGUGCUGUGUGCUGCAAAAGAACAGUUAAUCAAACAAGGUGCGAAGGUUUGUCCUGAGCCUCGUCUUCGGGCUUCACCUAUGAUCUCCCCCUAUCUCAUGACUUACUAUUUUCCCAAUUGCCUCUGUGUCAGCUAG